UAUGCUUCCUAUCAUGGGAAGUCUAAUAUACACAGGAAAUGGGCCAUGCCGAUUUAUCAGUUCAAUGUAAGCGAGCAGCACGAGCAGCAAAGUGACUUUCUGAGAUUUGAUUUCAGUCACAACAUCAUGUUGCAUUGCUAUAAUCAUACACUUCUAAGUGGGCUUUUAUCAUUCUUUUAUCGCUACUAUAUACUUAAUAGACCUGCUCCAAAAGCGAGCACCAUACGUAUGAUUAUUUUUAUCGUUCACGUACCUUCCUUCAUACAGUUAGUGAGUGCCUGA